AUGCCUCUAUCUUGGCCUCGAAUUCGCGUCUCACAGGCCGAUUCGGUCUUUGCUGCUGGUAAUUCACGAUGGACGAACCGGGAUAUUGAUCCUAUUCCUAGAUUCGCUCGCAAAUGGGGUGUAUGGAGCUUAAUCGCUUACUGGAUCUCUGACUCUUUCAACCUCGCCACUUGGCAGUUUGCAAGUAGUAUGAUCUCAGUUGGCUUCACCUACAAGGAAUCCCUAGCCAUUGUCGCCGUCUCAUUCUUCAUCAUCUCCUUCGUCAUCUCGGCCAACGGUGCCGUCGGCGCAAUCUAUCACAUCCCAUUCCCCGUCAUCGCUCGUGCGAGCUGGGGUUUCUGGGGCUCUUACGUAGCCAUCGUGUCCAGAGUCAUCCUAGCCGUCUUCUGGUUCGCUAUCCAGAACGUUAAUGGCGGUAACUGCGUGCGCGUCAUGAUAGGAGCUAUCUGGCCCAGCUUCUUGACGUUAAAAAAUCAUAUCCCCGAGUCUCAGGGUAUCACCACUAAUGGAAUGAUCUCUUAUGUAAUCUUCUUCGUCUUUCAAUUCCCUUUCUUGUGUAUCAACCCAAAUAAACUGCGCUGGUUGUUCAUGGUCAAGUCCGUGUUGGUCCCCAUCGCAUGGAUCGCUAUCUUGAUCUGGGCUUUUGUUUCCGAGAAGGGCGGCGGUGCCAUCUUCGCUCAGCAAAAAGCUACCGUCUCCGGGUCUACCUACAGCUGGCUGUUCCUACUGAACAUGACUUCCGUGCUUGGAAACUACGCAACCCUAAGUGUGAACCAGUCGGAUUUCUCCCGCUACUCACGCGUCAGUCCUCGCUGGCAACUACUCUACAUCCCAAUGUUGCCUAUUGUAUUCACCUUCAUCUCCUUCAUCGGUAUUGCGGCCUCAUCAGCCGGCCAGGCCCACUACCAUCUCUCUGAUUUCCCAUGGGACCCAACAACCCUAAUAAGCAACUGGAGCAAUCGUUCCUGCCGCUUCUUCGCAGCCUUCUCCUUCGCAUUAGCCUCGCUCGGCGUCAACAUCUCGGCCAACUCUCUCUCGGCUGCAAAUGACUUCACCUCGCUUGCACCGCAGUAUCUCAAUAUCCGCCGUGGUCAGCUCCUCUGUGCCAUGUUCUCGUGGGCCCUGGUCCCCUGGAAGAUCCUCGCUUCGGCCAGUAACUUCCUCAGUUUCAUGUCGGCGUAUGCCGUCUUCCUCGGCCCCAUUGCUGCGAUUAUGAUGUUUGACUUUUGGGUCGUUAAUAAACGCAAGUAUGACACGCUUGCGCUGUAUCAGCUUUGGAAUCCGAUUUACCGCUAUAAUCUCAAGUUGCCAUUUAUGACGAAGUCGAUUCAUGGCGUUAAUUGGCGCGCUGUUGUUGCGUUCAUUGUAGGUGUUGUGCCCAGCCUGCCGGGUCUGAUCAAUGCUGUUAAUUCUAGUAUUGAUGUUGGCGUCGGUGUGCACCCUUAUCAGUUCGGUUGGCUGCUUGGCUUCUUCGCUACGGCGGGUGUCUACUGGGCUCUUUCGGCACUGUUCCCGGCUAUCGAUACUCAGAUUGAGCGGGCGAUCUUGCCGGAUGAAAUUUAUGAUGAGAGGGGGAUUGUUGUGGAAGGGUAUGAGGUUGAUAAUGCAGGGGAGAAGUCUGAAGCAGGUUUCCAAUCUUCUGAGAAGGUCAUGGCGGUUUAA